CUCGAGAGUUUCUCUUUCGGGCCCUCAAAGAAAGGAGCAAAUUUUCAAUGUCACCCGUGUAUUUCCCGUAAAUACCGUGUUUUUCUCGCUAAUUGUGCCGUUUACUGUGGUCAAUCGCUUGCCAGGAGUGCGAGGAUUGUGUUUGUGCACAUUUGCGUCGCGUGUCGAUGUGUUUUGAUGUGGUAUUUUGGGUGAAAAGUCAAGCAAAGUUGGGGUGCUCACGGGGACAAAAGUAAAACGCAAUUUGAUGCUUGAGAUUGAGAUAAACACAAUGCGGCAGAUAACAGAAUCCUGGACAUCGUCGCCACCGCGCACGUCGAGCCCGUCGACGCCUCAGACCAGCUUUGAUACGCUCACGUCGCCACAGACGCCCAACUCCAGCACCACCGCCGUGACCAUCCCGGCCGGCCCACAGAAUGCCGCGCCACCCGGACAGAUGGGCAUCGUGCCGGUGCCACCAGGGCCCGCCGAGCUGCCGGUCUUCACCUGCCCGCGUCGCCCCAAUUUGGGGCGCGAGGGCCGGCCCAUCCUGCUGCGCGCCAAUCACUUCCAGAUCACCAUGCCGCGGGGCUACGUGCACCACUACGACAUCAACAUCCAGCCGGACAAGUGUCCGCGGAAGGUCAAUAGGGAGAUCAUCGAGACGAUGGUGCACGCUUACAGCAAGAUUUUCGGCGUGCUUAAGCCCGUGUUCGAUGGGCGCAACAAUCUCUACACGCGCGAUCCGCUGCCCAUUGGCAAUGACCGCGUGGAACUGGAGGUGACGCUGCCCGGUGAGGGCAAGGAUCGCGUCUUCCGCGUGACCAUCAAGUGGGUGGCGCAGGUGUCGCUGUUCAAUCUUGAGGAGGCACUCGAGGGGCGCACCCGGCAGAUUCCUUACGACGCCAUCCUGGCUCUGGACGUGGUGAUGCGCCAUCUGCCCAGCAUGACCUACACGCCUGUGGGCAGGAGCUUCUUCAGCUCACCGGACGGCUACUACCAUCCUCUGGGUGGCGGCCGCGAGGUGUGGUUCGGCUUCCACCAGAGCGUGAGACCAUCGCAGUGGAAGAUGAUGCUCAACAUUGAUGUCUCGGCGACGGCGUUCUACAAGGCACAGCCGGUGAUUGAGUUCAUGUGCGAAGUGUUGGACAUCAGAGACAUUAAUGAGCAGCGCAAGCCGCUCACGGAUUCGCAGCGCGUGAAGUUCACCAAGGAGAUCAAGGGGCUGAAGAUUGAGAUAACACACUGUGGCACAAUGAGGCGAAAGUAUCGCGUGUGCAACGUGACAAGGCGACCGGCGCAGAUGCAGUCAUUUCCGCUUCAAUUGGAGAAUGGACAAACGGUGGAGUGCACGGUGGCCAAGUACUUCCUGGACAAGUACAAGAUGAAGUUGCGCUAUCCGCAUCUGCCGUGCCUGCAAGUUGGCCAGGAGCACAAGCACACGUAUUUGCCACUGGAAGUGUGCAACAUCGUGGCCGGACAGCGAUGCAUCAAGAAGCUCACGGACAUGCAGACGUCCACGAUGAUAAAAGCCACGGCCAGAUCUGCCCCUGACAGGGAGCGUGAAAUCAAUAAUCUCGUGAGGCGCGCCGACUUCAACAAUGAUGCCUACGUGCAGGAAUUCGGCUUGACCAUCUCUAAUAGCAUGAUGGAGGUCAGAGGACGGGUUUUGCCACCGCCGAAAUUGCAAUACGGCGGUCGUGUGUCCAGCAUUAGUGGACAAAGGCACGAGAAUCAUCCUAUACCGACAAAUAUGCCUAAUAAGGUGAGUCUCGCGUCGCCCAAUCAGGGUGUUUGGGAUAUGAGAGGAAAGCAGUUCUUCACUGGUGUUGAGAUUCGCGUGUGGGCCAUCGCUUGCUUUGCACCCCAACGAACAGUUCGUGAGGAGGCUUUGAGGAACUUCACACAGCAACUGCAGAAAAUCUCCAAUGACGCUGGCAUGCCGAUAAUUGGUCAGCCGUGCUUCUGCAAGUACGCCACGGGCCCAGAUCAGGUGGAGCCGAUGUUCAGAUACUUGAAGAACACCUUCAAUGCGUUGCAACUGGUGGUGGUGAUUCUGCCGGGCAAGACGCCCGUGUACGCCGAGGUGAAGCGCGUCGGUGACACAGUUCUCGGCAUGGCGACACAGUGUGUGCAGGCGAAGAAUGUAAACAAGACAUCGCCGCAGACAUUGUCAAAUCUCUGCUUGAAGAUCAACGUGAAGUUGGGUGGCAUCAACAGCAUUCUCGUGCCGUCGAUUCGCCCGAAGGUGUUCAAUGAGCCGGUGAUCUUCCUGGGAGCGGACGUGACACACCCACCGGCGGGAGACAACAAGAAGCCAUCGAUUGCAGCCGUUGUGGGUUCCAUGGACGGUCAUCCAUCGAGGUACUCAGCCACGGUGAGAGUGCAGCAGCAUCGUCAGGAGAUCAUCCAAGAGCUGAGCAGCAUGGUCAGGGAGCUUCUGAUCAUGUUCUACAAAUCCACUGGUGGCUACAAGCCGCACAGAAUCAUCUUGUAUCGCGACGGUGUAUCCGAGGGGCAAUUUCCUCAUGUUCUGCAGCACGAAUUGACGGCCAUUCGAGAGGCGUGCAUCAAACUGGAGCCGGAUUAUAGACCGGGAAUCACAUUUAUUGUGGUGCAGAAGCGUCACCACACGCGUCUCUUCUGUGCUGACAAGAAGGAGCAGAGCGGCAAGUCAGGAAACAUCCCUGCCGGCACCACCGUGGAUGUGGGCAUUACGCAUCCGACAGAGUUCGAUUUCUACCUGUGCAGCCAUCAGGGCAUUCAGGGAACAAGUCGCCCAUCGCAUUAUCAUGUGUUGUGGGAUGACAAUCACUUUGACUCGGAUGAAUUGCAAUGUCUCACGUACCAAUUGUGUCACACUUACGUGAGGUGCACAAGAUCUGUUUCAAUCCCAGCUCCAGCUUAUUAUGCUCAUUUGGUUGCAUUCCGUGCCAGGUAUCAUUUAGUGGAGAAGGAGCACGACUCUGGCGAAGGAUCUCAUCAAAGCGGAUGUUCGGAGGACAGGACGCCAGGUGCGAUGGCGCGUGCCAUCACAGUUCAUGCUGACACAAAGAAAGUUAUGUACUUUGCUUAAACAGAAAUCAACACACACACAUACAACAACACAUGAAUAAUCUCUGAUCCGAUUUGCAUACGCUCUAGACAUUAAUUAUAAUGAAUUUUAAGAUUUAAUAUAUAAUUGCAGAAUUAGACGUAGAACACACGCGAAUGUUGUAGUUGAUGUACUCAAAGAUGGUUUUACUUUUUUGGGAGCGCGCUUACAAUAUUGAAUUUCUAAGUACAUCUCACAGAAAUGAAUUAUGCUUUAAUGUUUAAGGAAUUUCUUCUUUUUUUUUUAAUUAUAUUAUUUUAACAUAUCGCUUAAUAUCUUUCCUUCUUGCUGAUGAAGAAGGAGAAAAAAAAAGCCGAAAAAAUGAAUCGAGAAUCACAAUUUUAGGGCAUUCAUGAUAUUUUUUCCUUGAAUGACGGUAACAUCAUUUUUUUUUUAUUUAUCUCUCUGUACAUAAAAUACAAAAUAAGAACACAAUUAAGGAACAGAUGGUAGAAAGAAUCACGAAAUGGCGAUGAAGAGAAAUGGAGCAUUUUUCUGAAAACAAAAUAAUAUGAAUCAAUUACUUUAAGAGGCAAAAUUAUGAAAUGCAAAUCUUUUUUUUCUAGUUUUUAAGGAAUUUUACGUAUAAAUGUUUUUUGCUCUAAUUGUUCAAACAAAAUACCAAUAUUAAUUGAAAUGGUAUAAUUAUAAAGAAAUAUCGUAGAUUUAUAAAAAUGUAACACGAAGAAAAAGGUUCACACAAAAAAUAAUAAUGUUUUUUGUGGUGAAUGACAUUUGAUGCCGGGAAAAUGACGUGGAGAGUAAAACAAUGCAUAGAAAUUUGUGUCUUUAACAAUGUGGGAAAUAAUAAUGUUUAAGAAAGAGGAAGAGAGAACGCUAUUUUAUAGAUUAAUGAAUAUUAGGACAAGAUGAAGUGGAAAAAAAGGAAACCAAUCUGCACAUCCAUAAAUGAAAUACUAUGACAGUAAAUGAUGAUCUUCAAUUUUUAAGAUAAACUUUAAAGAAGAGAAACUCUAAUGGAAGAUUUAGUGGAGUUGAAGUUAUAUUAAUUAUAUAAAUUAGUGAAACAUUUUCUAUUUCAUCAGUCUUCAUUGUAGUAAUCAUAAAAAGAAUUUGUCUUUUAGAGGCAAGAUUAAGAAUAUCUCUUUAAUUGGUGUAAUAAUGUUGAAAACAAAACAUAGGAAAAUGGAGAAAAGUAAGUGAAAAUGAAAUCAUAACAAAGGAAAUCAAAUCCUCGAAGAAAAGUCACAUAACAAACGAAGUAUUAAAGAAAAUCCGGAAUGAAUUUUAAGAUUUACCCACACAACAUUGUAUCCGAACUAUUCAAAUGUAUCAAAUUUAAUAAAUAUGAAAUAGAGUUCACGUAGAAA